UCCUCUGACUCCCCUGCGGCUUCCUCCAGCUACACCCACGUAACGGAGACAUCAUUACGUCUUCACGUUUUAUGACGUCACUUGCGGCCGUUCGCAACUAGGAACUAGCAGCUACCCUCUUCCUGCAUCGGCUUCGCUAAACGUUGUGGUGCGUCAGUCAUAGUUUACCGUCGGAAACGUGGGUUAAGUUGGAGUGGUUCCGCAUCAAGUAAAGUGAUUUUAUCGUGGUCAACGGUGUCAUAGCUAAGGACAGUCGUCAACAAUGAGCGUUCACGGAGGUAAAACAACCAACACCGGUAGAUGCUUAUGUCUCAAGAAAUGAUGAGGAAGAAGCACCUUUUUUAGACAUGAAGUUGACAAGAAAUUCAAUCAGGUCUUCCAAUCGAGCAUCAAUAGAUCAAAAAGCUCCAGACAUAGCAGCUGAUGAAAAUAAAGUUCGCAAAAAGACUGUGAAGACAAGAAACCAGAUAAACCUAGAUAAUCUACCUUCUGAUGAACGCAAAAAACCUGUGACAAGAAGCCAGACAACCCAAAAAGAUUUAUCUUCUGAUGAUGAUGAUCAUUACAAAGAUGAUGAUGAUAAUGAUGAAGAAUCAAAGCAAAAACACCGGAUUUCUCAUUCCUCAAAAACAUCAAGUACUGGUGGUGAUGAUGAUGAUGAUGAAGAUGAUGAUGAUAAAUUAAAGCAAAGAUAUUUGAUUUCUGGCUCCUCUAGAAUUUUAAGAAGUGACGUCAAAAAAGCUGGGAUGGGAAACCAGACAAACAAAAAAAACCUAUUUUCUGAUGAUGAUGAUGACUUGAUUGGAAAACGUAAGAACUCUCCCUCCUCAAAAACUUCAAACAGGGACCACAAAAAAGCUGAGAAGAGAAACCAGACAGACAAAAAAGACCUGUCUUCUGACGACACGUCAUGGUUUUCCAGCGUAAUUAAAAACAUUUUCCUUAUUGUCACACUGGCAGUUGCUGUAUUUUUGGCUGCCCAGUAUAGCCAGUAUGGCGCUUCCAGGAGUAGGAAUAAUAGUAAUGUCCUACAACAGUUCCAGAAUCACUUUAAUGCACUGAAGUCAUCUUAUGCUAGUCAGUCUGAAGAUCUAUGGAAAAGAAGUAGGCGUUCUUUAGAGCUACACCUUAAUAAGUCCGAGGCCAACACACAGCCUGCCAUCAUUUUGCUGACUGCAGCCCGUGAUGGAAAGAAUAUACUUCAGUGCUUAAGCAACCAACUGGCAAGGGUGUAUUCGGCCUCUCGUAACAACAGCUAUAUGGUUAUUUCAGGUGCAAACAAAACUUUCCAUAACAGUGAGAGUGCUAAACUGGCAAUAGAUAAUAUUUUAACUGCUGGCUUCCAAGAUACAUCUUCAGCAGCAGUUCUGCACCAGAUUGAAUCAUUGCACCCUGGUGCACUUCUCAUUCUGUACAAAUAUUGUGACCAUGAGAAUGCUGCCUUCAAAAAUGUGGCACUAGUAUUGACUGUGCUUCUCGAAGAUUCAGAACUGGAACCACAACUGUCUCUUACGGAAAUUGAGGAAAAAGUCAGAGAUUUUAUAAAUGAGAAGAUGGUUUCUUCAAAGAACGCAGAAUCACACAGUGAGAUGGAUGUUGACAAACUAAGUGGCGUGUGGAGUCGAAUCUCUCACACAGUGCUCCCUGUUUACCCAGAGGAUAACUUUGCAGACUGUGGGGGAACAGAGCAGGGGUUAUGAAAGAAUAAGUCUAUGUUUUACUGGACUAUAUGUGCUUCUAUUAUUUAUCUUUGCCUGUAAAUUUUGUAACUGCUAAUUUACAUCCUUCAUUCCGUCUUUCAGAUUAUUUGAAGGUUUAGGCCAUGGGCACACAGAACGUUUCCUCCACUUCUCUCAGGCAGUGGGAGCUCCCUCAUGCAGUACCAUUUAUCUCCACUGAAAAGUACAGCUUCUGAAUGCAUGCAGUACACAGAGCAGAAGACGGCUCAAAAAUGCCUGCUUUCGCUCUGUGUAGCUGCUCUGAGGAGAAAGCUGUCCUGUCAGUGCAGCUACACAGAGCUGCAUAAGGAAGCAGAUCCGCUUCUCUCAGCCUGCAGGAAAAACCCAGUCUGACAGAAGUGGAGGAAACACUGUGUGUACCUGGGGCCUAAGGCUGUACAUAGGCAUUCAUAAAUGUAAGCCAAACAUCAGCCGACAAAAUCUUGCACAUUAAAACAAGUGCUUGCAGGCAGUAUCCAUAUGCAUCAUUAUGAUCAUUAUGGUUUUCAGUGAUUUGGUGACACGUUUCCUGUAUGCCAUAGCCCUAAGUGGCAGAAAACAAGGUUGUAGUGAUAUUUUUUUAUUCCUAAAAUAAAGACACAAUUUUUCUUCCCCAUUUGUUAUUUUUUGCUUACUAGACAUUAAAGCAUUUUGUUUAAAUUAGCACAAUUUGAAAGUUAGGAUAAGCGAAACCAAUAGUAAGCGAAACCUUAUCACGUAGUUUAAAACCAAUGACUGGACUAAACAAAUGCUUGGUUUGUGAAAUGCAUUAUUGUUUAUUGCCUAUAAGACCUAAGCCAUACUUACUUAGGAAGUAUUACUGGAAAAUUGUUAGUGGCCAGCAUUGAUUAAAGUUGAGAGGCAAUCUGUCCUUUUCUACAGUUUUUUCAUAUUAUAUUUUACAAAAACCUUGGAUGUUAUUUUUAGUGACCUGAUUGCUUUUCUCUAAAGGAGAACUGUACUUUUUGGUUAAUAGCACAUGCAAUGGAUUGUGGCACAAAAGUGCAUAGUUUAGUAUUUUCACACCAAAAUGUAUUCCAUGUGUAUGCUGACAGCCUGAUCCCGUUCAUGCACACACAUUCAGGGAGAGGAAGACAACAGAUAGGCUUUUCCGACCGCACUACAUCUGGACAUUAGUUUUUCCCUUUUUUCUUAGAUAAGGGACUUGAACAUAAAAAGUAACACAGUUUCUUAUGUAUAUAUCAGGGGGCAUAGAUCUCUGUGCAAUAACUUUUUUUUUUAUAGUGCAGAGCUGGUGUAAAGUACAGAAAAUAUGGUACGCCCCCCCUCCCCCCUUUUUUUUCUUUUGCAUUAUGCCCCCUGCCUGCAUUUGAUGACCAUAGUUUAGUUAUGCAUCUCAUUUGUUUUGAAGCAUUAAGAUAUACAGCCUGUGGUGAAAAGUCUGAAGGGGGAAAAUUGCCCUCUGUUAAAAGAAACUUUAGAAGUAGCAGAAGAAAAAGCAGCGUUUUUGCAACUGCAUUAAUGUUAAUAUGAAUAAAUAAAUGGCAAAUCCUUUGCUCUAAUUAGGACUCCACAAAAGAUGUGUCAAGUUCCUGAAAGAAUCCCAAUUUGCAUAUUUAAAGUUAAAAAAAUUUUCAAUCAGUCAUGAAAAAAAAAAAGUUGAUUUUAGUUGUCUGGGGUUUGAAUUUGUUUGGAUAAACACUUACAAAUUAACUGAAUCCAAAUCCUGCAGAAAACGUUAGGAUUCAACCAAAUCCCAAACCCAUUUGUGGAUCUUUUUGUUUCCCCAUAUAUAAUAAAAGGCACAACGUUUUCCCAGGAGCAGUAACCAGGGGUGCUUCUGCCAUGAGUUGAGAAAAUCACCUCAGGCAGCAGGGCCUGGAAAGUUACCAGGGGCAGCACUUCUUCGCUAUUGUGCUCUCUGUACUAGCGAUGCAACCCCCCCUCGACAUAAAAUAGGCUAAGUGAGGGGGAAGGAUCAACUUGGCCACCUCAUGUGGCUAGGACUCCAGUAGUAGCGAUGACAUUAACCCAUAGCAACCAAUAAGAUGUUUGCUUUUAAAUAAGUGACCAGUACAUUCUUCCUUCUGAUUGGUUGCUAUGGGUUACUGCUCCUGGGCAAACUUAGUGCAUUUUAGAAUAUAACCCAUUUAUUUUUUAUGAACUUUUCUGUUUGUGCAAGGAGAUGGUUAGUUAAAAAUAAGUACUUAAUGCAUUUUUGCACAAUUAUGUGUGCUUACAACAUUUUGUUGUCAGUCAGCAGUCUGUAAAGAGCUGUAAAUUACUGCUUCUGCUUUGUAUGCAGUUUUUGUUGCUUGUAUUUAAAUCCAUCUGGAUUCACAUCUGGCUAUUGCAGAUUUUCAUUGCAUUUAUUUUUUUAUUAUUUGCCAUCCUAUUCUUUUUCCAACCUCUAAAUGAAAAUGACUAGUGCCUGAUUUCUAGACUGAGCACUAUAAAACAAAACAACAUCAACAAAAAUGGGAAAAGUUAUGACAAUGAAUAUUGUAUUAAAAUGUAUGAUAAUAUGAGCUUACAUUCCAAAAGUAAAUUUUAUGGUUUAAGUUUAUGUAAUAUUUAUGUAUUGAAUCCCCUGGGAUGCCUGUUGAGGAUGCUUUUAUGACACUGGUUGUAUAAAAUACAAAAUUAAGAAUCAGAGCAGCUUUUUCUUGAAAUAAAUCUCUUUUGAAUAA